CCGCACUCUCCGGCACCGGGGCGGGCCGGGCGCUCCCGGCAGGUUCCGACCCGCCCUGGGCCCGGGAUGGUGCCAGCAUGAGGAGGUGCUGCCAGGCCGUGGGGCUGCCAUGCCUGUUUAAGGGCGCGGGCACGGCCGGCCCGCGCGCGCCGCGUUUCCUGCUGGUGUUUGACUUCGACGAGACCAUCGUGGACGAGAACAGCGACGACUCGGUGGUGCGGGGCCGGGCGCUGCCGGAGCGGCUGCGGCAGAGCCCCGCGGCCGGCGGCUACAACGAGCACAUGCGGCGCGUGCUGGCCUUCCUGGGCGAGCAGGGCGUGCGCCCCGCCGAGCUGCGCGCCGCCUACGAGCGCAUCCCGCUGGCGCCGGGCGUGGCCGAGCUCUUCCAGCUGCUCUCCAAGCACCAGGAGCUCUUCGAGAUCGUGCUCAUCUCCGACGCCAACACCUUCGGCGUCGAGGCCAAGCUGCGCGCGGCCGGCGCCCGCUCGCUCUUCCGCAAGGUCUUCAGCAACCCGGCCGGCCCGGACCGGCGCGGCGUGCUCACGCUGGGGCCCUACCACAGCCACAAGUGCCUGCGCUGCCCGGCCAACAUGUGCAAGGCCAAGAUCCUGGCCGAGUACCUGGCCGAGCGGGCGCGCGAGGACGUCGAGUUCCAGCGCGUGCUCUACGUGGGCGACGGCGCCAACGACUUCUGCCCGGCCGCGACACUGACGGCGGCGGACGUGGCGUUCCCCAGGAAGGGCUACCCCAUGCACAGGCUGAUCCAGGAGAGCCAGGAGAAGCAGCCGGGCGCGUUCCAGGCCGCCGUGGUGCCCUGGGAGUCGGCGGUGGAGGUGGCGCGGUACCUGCAGGAGCUGCUGCGCAAGAAGUGCUGAGCGAGGGGGGCGGCUCCGGGCCCGGCUCCGUCCCUGGGGUGCUCCUCUGCCUUUGCCGGGAUGUUCUCCCGCCUUUCCCAACUCCAUUCCC